GUUCACUUAAGUCUCCUACCUCUGAUCCAGUGAUCCAUGAUCAAAAUGGAGUUGCCGGGGAUAAUAGAUCACAUAAGAAAAAAGGAAUGGAUAAACUCAAGCACGAAUUAUUCAAUCCCCUUUUGGGAUCAGAUAUGAUCGAAAUUUCCAAGACGGCCUGUCCCAAAAAAAUCUUGCCCAUAUCUGAAGAAAAUUCAUCAUCCACAUCUCAAAUCGCUCCAGCUAAGGCAGACAAUAAUGACGAUGAGUAUUUUUAUUCUGAAGAUGGGAAAGUGAAAGGAGCGAAUGGAGAGGUGUCAAAGCUAUUCUGGCUUCCUGUAAUCCAAAUACUUCACACCUUGGCUUGUUUUGAAGCUCUCGAUGUCCUGCAUCUGGUCGAAUUAAUUUGGGAUUUCUACAAUAUGUGGACCACGUUUCGUAAGCGGUUGAUGUUUCAAUCCUUAAAUAGUACUAAUAAUACAUUUUGGGAUACACUGGCUAAUUCGAUCAAUGAAUCUGAAACCAAUUCGUCUCUAAGCUCUUUUUCUGGAAGUUCCAAUUUAUCUGGAAUUUUAGAUAUUACUUCAGACAUUAAAAUUCGCUUUAAACAAUACUUUGAUCGACUUAUGAAGGCGAGAAAUUAUACUUUUGAUGAGAUGUGCUACUCGAUAGUAAUUGAUAUUCAUAGUCUUGGAGGAAAUAUUAAGACUUCAACAGUGAAAAAUUUUUAUAAUAGUGUUAGUGGUAGUAGAGUUAGCACAAUUAAUCAGAUAAACGCAUGG